UGCACUUCAGUUUUCUGUAAUGCUUUUCUCAUAAUUUCGCUUUUCUUUUCCAUAACUACUAAUUCUCACCACUUCAAUUAAGAUAAGUUAUGGCUUCGAACGUCAGUACCAAACCAAGAACGGUAAUCUGUGUGGGUGACGUCCAUGGCUACGUCACCAAGCUCCUCAACCUCUGGUCCAGCCUCCAAUCACACAUCGACCAAGAAUCCUUCAAUUCCGCCACCGUAAUCUUCCUCGGUGACUACUGUGAUCGUGGACCGGAUACCCGCAAAGUCAUAGAUUUCUUGGUCUCUCUGCCAACAAAUUACCCUAACCAGAAGCACGUUUUUCUCACCGGAAACCACGACUUCGCUUUCUCCGCUUUUGUCGGGACCUUGUCGGAAGGCUUCGACGCGAAGGAGACGUGGAGGGAGUAUGCGGUCAGUGAGGACAGAGAAGGGUGGUAUAAGGGUGACGGGUAUGAGAGAAUGCAUUUGCAAGGGAGGAGGUGGGCUGGUUCUAUAAAAGUUAGGUUUAAUUCUGUUAAAGGGACUGAGUAUAAGGGUUCUAUUUAUGAUGCUGCUCCUACUUUUGACUCCUAUGGAGUGCCUCACGGAUCUGCUGAUUUGGUAAAGGCAGUUCCUGAAGACCACAAGAAGUUUCUAGCUGAUAUGCUUUGGGUCCACGAAGAGGAUGAUGUCUGUAUAGAGACUGACGAAGGACUUAAACAUUGUAAAUUGAUUGCUGUCCAUGCUGGAUUAGAAAAGGAGAAAAAUGUUGAAGAUCAACUGAAAUUUUUGAAAGCCAGAGAAGCCUGGGUGCCCAAGAUAGAGGCUCUUAGUGGGAGGAAGAGUGUGCAUGACAUUCCAAAGGAGCUAAGUGAAACUAUUGUGGUAAGUGGGCACCAUGGAAAACUUCAUGUUGAAGGCCUUAGGCUGAUUAUCGAUGAAGGUGGAGGACUAGAGAAUAAUCCAGUAGCUGCAAUUGUGCUUCCCUCGAAGAAGAUAAUCCGUGACACAGAUAAUUUGUCAAAGUAGUUCCAUGUUUCAAUAUUUCCAGAUUAGCAAAGCAUAAUAUCCAUGCCUGUAUUAUAUUCUCUCAUCACAAAAUAGAAAUGAAACCACAGAAUGGAGGCACUCAAUUAGUUUUCCGUGUAACAAGUUGGUUUUAUGAUCUUAUAUAGGCAGUUGAUAUUCGUCGGAUUAUGCAGUUCGCAUCAUGUAAAUUCUUUGAAUGAGCCAUUGUGCUGCUUGGAUGUCUUCUGCUGAUAAAGCUUUAUGGAUGUGUGUAAAGAAUCUACAUAUUGCCUUGAAGGCAUUGGUGAUGUCAAAAGGAAUAACAUAGAAUUCAGAUU